CUCCAAUGAGUCCUCUGGCAGUACCCAAAAAAGAAAACUUUUUUGUCAUUGCUAUUAGAAUUUGCAGACAACUCCUCACCCUUCCAUCCCCCAACUUCUCCGAACUUGUAGCAUUAAUGGGUAGUCUAAUAGGGCAUGUAUUGCCAGGAAUGGCAUUUUUCUUCCUAGGUUUAUGGCAUCUCUUUAAUCACAUAAAGCUCCAUUCUCUACAACCCAACUCUUACACAUCUUCUCCAUGGUUCCCCACUUCAAAACUAAGAUACUUGGAGCUUUUCAUGAUAAUGGUAGGAAGCUCCAUCUCCAUAUCCAUGGAGCUUUUCAUAGGUCCUGCAAAACACCAACCUUUAGACAUUGAUGGAAGCAUACCAUCAAAUCAUCUAAGAAACUUUGAACAUUCCUCGAUAUCAAUGCUUUUCUUGGUUUAUGCAUCAUUUGCAAUACUUCUUGAUAGACUUAGGGCUAAUAAUAUUAAGUAUAGCCUAACACAACUCAUAGGAGCAAUAGCCUUUGCUCAACAGCUCUUUCUCUUCCACCUACACUCGACUGAUCACCAUGGUCUUGAAGGGCAAUACCAUUUGCUUCUACAGUUCACUGUAGUAAUUUCUUUAGCCACUACCCUUUUGGGAAUUGGUCUACCUAAAAGUUUCUUGGUUAGUUUUGUGAGGUCAGUUAGCAUUGUGUUCCAAGGUGUUUGGUUAACUGUAAUGGGGUAUAUGCUAUGGACACCAGAGUUGAUACCUAAAGGCUGCUCACUUCUCAAUGAAGACGGUCAUAAAAUAGUUAGAUGUAGCAGCCAAGAUGCAUUAAACAGAGCAAAAUCAUUAGUAAACAUUCAGUUCAGUUGGUUCCUUAUAGGAAUAACCAUUUCUUCAGUUACUUUUUAUUUGGGAUUGGUUAAAAGGUAUGGCAAAAGGGUUAUGUAUUCUUCAUUGCCAAAGGAAUUGGAAGAGCUACAAGAAGAGUCUAGUGAUGUUGAAUCACAAAAGGAAAUGAAAAUUGGUGACCCAAAUAGUACUGUCAUUCAUGUGGGAGCAGGACUUAAAGCUUUUGAUAUUGAAAGGUAAAAAAAAAAAAAAAAAAAAAGCAGCUGUGUAGUUAAUGUAAUUACUUGUGUAAUGUAUAUUACUGCUUUGGUACAUAUUUAUGUAUGUAUCUGUGAAUUUAUGUAUGUAUGUAUUUUCUUAAUUUGUAAUAUUAUUUGUGUAAACAACUCCUCAUUGAUCA